GAGAAAGAAUAGGCUUCGAACGUGGUGCUCAUUCGCGAGUUCCACGUUGACCUUUAAGCUGAAAAAUCAUCUUUUUCAGUACAUCACGUGGCUCACGAGAAAUCUUGUAAGGAACCCCGCGCUCACAUGACUCAUCUCACAUUUCUCCAAACCGCCACUUGAAUUCCUUCCCCCAACUGCAAAGAACACUCUGAAAGAAAGUGAAAGUGAAAAAACCCUAGACCCUGCAAGCAAAUUCCAGAAAUGAAGACUCCAAAAUCCACCCUCGAUACGACGCAGCUUCAAAUCCAAGCAUCCAUGGCCAUGGCCGAACUCCCGCCGGAGGUAAUCGUCGACAUACUCUCUCGUCUGCCCGUCGCCCGCCUCCUCCGCUUCCGGUCGAUUGCAAAACCAUGGCGGUCGCUCAUCGACAGCUCAUACUUCGUCCAUCUCCACCUCACGCAAUCGGCAGAGUCCAAAUCGCAUCUCAGUUUGAUUCUCAGAAAGGAAUCUGACCUCUACUGCAUCAGUUUCGACUCCUUAAACGACGCCGUCGAGCUCAAUCAUCCACUCAUGUGCUACAGCAAUCGAAUUCGCGUUUUGGGAUCCUGCAACGGCCUUCUGUGCCUCUGUAACGUGGCCGAAGACAUCGCUCUCUGGAACCCGUCGACGAAGAAGUACAGAAUCUUGCCGUCUCUGCCAUCGGAUCGAAAGCGCGAUUCGAACAUGUGCUUAUGUGGCGCGAGGGUAUAUGGUCUUGGAUACGACGCUAUUCAGGAUGACUAUAAAUUGGUGAGGAUUUCUCAGUUUAUCGGAUUGGAUUACCUGUCGUUUCAGUCCGAGGUGAGGGUUUAUAGCCUGAGAAGCAACGAGUGGAAGCGACUCGAAGACAUGCCUUAUGUACUCUGUUACACACGAAAAAUGGGGAUUCUUGUGAGCGGUUGUGUGCAUUGGGUGGUGACUCGGAACCUCGAAUUGGAUCAAUCAGCAACCGAAUUGGUCAUUGCAUUUGACGUUGCGAAUGAGACUUUUCGUGAGGUGCCUAUGCCGCAGAACAUGGACAGUAAGUGUCAGAUUGAUGUGGGAUGCUUGGGAGGGUGUCUUUGCAUUGUAGCUAAAUAUGAAGAUAAGGAUGUUGAUGUGUGGACAUUGAAGGAUUAUGGGGUUAAAGAGUCUUGGAGUAAAUUGUUUACCGUUGCGCAAACUCGAAGAAUCAAGAGCGUUAGGCCUUUGGUGUAUUCAAAGAAUGACCGCGAAGUUUUGUUCGAACAGGACCACGAAUGUCUUGUUUGGUUUGACCUGAAAAGCCAGAGGGUUAAGCAUGUCAAGGUUCGCGGCUUGCCAGAUUUGUUUGAGGCUGUAGUUUGUAUGGAAAGCCUUGUUUCGGUUCAUCCUCGUAGACAAGACGAUCGUAAGCAGCAGGAAGCAGCAGGGGACAAGAAGAAUAAGAAGAGGGAUGAUUUUCUGGCCCAAGGCUUCAAAUUGGUGCUGUAGGCAAUCAGAACAAAAGACGAGGACAUAGAGCAGAGAGUUCUUCACCGAAGUGCGCCACCAAUGUUUCAUUGUGGAACUUAUCUGCAGGUGAAGAAGGUUUCGUUCACAACCUCACACUUUUGAGGUGCCAAUCCGAGUUCUGUUUUUAGGGCUAUGACCUUCAGAUUUGAAUCACGCGGGAGUUUUUGAUUGGAAUGCUGCCGUCACCGGGACGUCAUUCAUUCCAACCCUUGAGAUCUCAUGAAAUGGUAUUCUUGGAGCAACAUGUGGUCUAUGUUUUGCAGUGUUUUGUUAAGUGACUUUGAUUGGCAUCCUUGAGAUGGUAUUGUAAGAAACGCAAAUUAUAUUAUGUUCAAGGGUAGGUAUCCUAUAUUACGGAGUUUUUAGCUGUUGGAUAUUGAUCGUUGUAUCGUUGACCAACAAUCUAACGGUCAAAAACCGCAGAGCAUAGGUUACCCGAAGCAUACUAGAAAAUCUUUGUAAGAAAAAGCCUAUGUUUAUUCACUAGGAAGACUUGGUAUAGAAAAUGCGGUUGGGGAAAGAACGCGUGGAAAUUAGAGGGCAGAAGUGCAUUGAAUGUACGCCGACUCGGCUAAUAAGUGCUGAGUAGAAAAGGAAGCGGCGACUUUACACCGACAUCAUACCAUCCAAAUUCGUUUGUAUUACUCUCAAUUGUGAUCGCAAGAAAAAGCAAUUUGUUUCAUCAGA